UUUUUGUAAGAGGACAAAACUGCUUAGUCCCAACGAUGAGGAAACCCAGUCACAUAGGGCAUGGAGCUGGAGAACUAUGAACAACCGGUGGUUCUAAGAGAGGACAACCUGCGCCGGCGCCGGAGGAUGAAGCCACGCAGCGCAGCAGGCAGCCUGUCAUCCAUGGAGCUCAUCCCCAUUGAGUUCAUACUGCCCACCAGCCAGCGCAUCAGCAAGACUCCGGAAACAGCGCUGCUGCAUGUGGCUGGCCACGGCAAUGUGGAGCAGAUGAAAGCUCAGGUGUGGCUACGCGCCCUGGAGACCAGUGUGGCUGCGGAAUUCUACCAUCGAUUGGGUCCGGACCAAUUCCUCCUGCUCUACCAGAAAAAGGGACAAUGGUUUGAGAUCUACGACAGGUACCAGGUGGUGCAAACCCUAGACUGCCUGCGUUACUGGAAGAUGAUGCACAAAAGCCCUGGCCAGAUCCAUGUGGUACAGAGACAUGUACCUUCUGAGGAGACCCUGGCUUUCCAGAGGCAGCUCACCUCCCUGAUUGGCUAUGACGUCACUGACAUCAGCAAUGUGCACGAUGAUGAGCUAGAGUUCACGCGCCGCCGUCUGGUUACGCCCCGUAUGGCUGAGGUGGCUAGCCGGGAUGCCAAACUCUAUGCUAUGCACCCUUGGGUGACGUCCAAACCUCUCCCAGACUACCUGUCAAAAAAGAUUGCCAACAACUGCAUCUUCAUCGUCAUCCACCGCGGUACCACCAGUCAAACCAUCAAGGUCUCCGCGGAUGAUACUCCUGGCACCAUCCUCCAGAGCUUCUUCACCAAGAUGGCCAAGAAGAAGUCUCUAAUGAAUAUCCCGGAAAAUCAAAGUGAGCAGGAUUUUGUGCUGCGGGUCUGUGGCCGCGAUGAAUACCUGGUGGGUGAAACGCCCCUCAAAAAUUUCCAGUGGGUGAGGCAGUGCCUCAAGAACGGAGAUGAAAUACACCUGGUGCUUGACACGCCUCCAGACCCAGCCCUAGAUGAGGUGAGGAACGAAGAAUGGCCGCUGGUAGAUGACUGCACUGGGGUCACCGGCUACCACGAGCAGCUGACCAUCCACGGCAAGGACCACGAGAGUGUAUUCACGGUGUCUUUGUGGGACUGUGACCGAAAGUUCAGGGUCAAGAUCAGAGGCAUUGAUAUCCCUGUCCUGCCUCGGAACACGGACCUCACUGUUUUCGUGGAAGCAAACAUCCAGCAUGGGCAACAAGUCCUUUGCCAAAGGAGAACCAGCCCUAAGCCCUUCACAGAAGAGGUGCUUUGGAAUGUGUGGCUGGAGUUUGGCAUCAAAAUCAAAGACUUGCCCAAAGGCGCCUUAUUGAACCUACAGAUCUACUGCUGCAAAACCCCAUCACUGUCCAGCAAGGCUUCUGCAGAGACGUCAUGCUCCGAGUCCAAGGGCAAAGCCCAGCUUCUCUAUUACGUGAACUUGCUGUUAAUAGACCACCGUUUCCUCCUCCGCCACGGGGACUAUGUGCUCCACAUGUGGCAGAUAUCUGGCAAGGCAGAGGAGCAGGGCAGCUUCAAUGCUGACAAGCUCACAUCCGCAACCAAUCCAGACAAGGAGAACUCAAUGUCCAUUUCCAUCCUGCUGGACAACUACUGUCACCCCAUAGCCUUGCCUAAGCACCGGCCCACCCCUGACCCAGAAGGAGACAGGGUUCGAGCUGAAAUGCCCAAUCAGCUUCGAAAGCAAUUGGAGGCAAUCAUAGCCACAGAUCCACUUAACCCUCUCACAGCAGAGGACAAAGAACUCCUCUGGCAUUUUCGAUAUGAAAGCCUGAAGCAUCCAAAGGCAUACCCUAAGCUGUUCAGCUCAGUGAAAUGGGGACAACAAGAAAUUGUUGCCAAAACAUACCAGCUGUUAGCCAGAAGGGAGAUCUGGGAUCAAAGUGCUUUGGACGUUGGCUUAACCAUGCAGCUCCUGGACUGUAAUUUUUCAGACGAAAAUGUAAGAGCCAUUGCAGUUCAGAAACUGGAGAGUUUGGAGGACGAUGACGUUUUACAUUACCUUCUCCAGCUGGUGCAGGCUGUGAAAUUUGAACCAUACCAUGACAGUGCACUGGCCAGAUUCCUGCUGAAGCGUGGCUUGAGAAACAAAAGAAUUGGUCACUUCUUGUUCUGGUUCCUGCGAAGUGAGAUAGCCCAGUCAAGACACUAUCAGCAGAGGUUCGCUGUAAUCCUGGAGGCGUACCUGCGGGGCUGUGGCACAGCCAUGCUGCAGGACUUCACACAGCAGGUCCACGUGAUUGAGAUGUUACAGAAAGUCACCAUUGAUAUUAAAUCGCUCUCAGCUGAGAAGUAUGAUGUCAGUUCCCAAGUUAUUUCACAGCUUAAGCAAAAGCUUGAAAGCCUGCAGAAUUCCAGUCUCCCUGAGAGCUUUAGAGUUCCCUACGAUCCUGGACUGAAAGCAGGUACCCUGGUGAUUGAGAAAUGUAAAGUGAUGGCCUCCAAGAAGAAGCCCCUGUGGCUUGAGUUUAAGUGUGCUGAUCCGACAGUCCUAUCCAAUGAGACCAUUGGAAUCAUCUUUAAACACGGUGACGAUCUGCGCCAAGACAUGUUGAUCUUGCAGAUUCUACGCAUCAUGGAGUCCAUUUGGGAGACUGAAUCUCUGGACCUGUGCCUUCUGCCUUACGGUUGCAUCUCAACUGGUGACAAAAUAGGAAUGAUCGAGAUUGUGAAGGACGCCACAACGAUUGCUCAGAUUCAGCAAAGCACAGUGGGUAACACAGGGGCAUUCAAAGACGAAGUCCUGAAUCACUGGCUCAAGGAAAAAUGUCCCAUUGAAGAAAAGUUUCAGGCCGCAGUGGAAAGGUUCGUUUACUCCUGUGCAGGCUACUGUGUGGCCACGUUUGUUCUUGGGAUAGGUGACAGGCACAACGACAACAUUAUGAUCUCAGAGACUGGAAACCUAUUUCAUAUAGACUUUGGACACAUUCUUGGGAAUUACAAGAGUUUCCUGGGCAUUAAUAAAGAGAGAGUGCCAUUUGUCCUAACCCCAGAUUUCUUGUUUGUGAUGGGAACUUCUGGCAAAAAGACAAGCCCACACUUCCAGAAAUUCCAGGAUGUCUGCGUUAGGGCUUAUCUAGCUCUUCGCCAUCACACAAACCUGCUGAUCAUCUUGUUCUCCAUGAUGCUGAUGACAGGGAUGCCCCAGUUGACAAGCAAAGAGGACAUUGAAUAUAUCCGGGAUGCCCUCAUGGUGGGGAGAAGCGAAGAGGACGCCAAGAAGUAUUUCCUUGAUCAGAUUGAAGUUUGCAGAGACAAAGGAUGGACUGUGCAGUUUAACUGGUUCCUACAUCUUGUUCUUGGCAUCAAACAAGGAGAGAAACACUCUGCUUGAGAUUUGGUGCUAGGGCCCAAAGCAAUUUAGUGUUCUAAAGCUUUCAAACCCACGUGUCAAUCACCAGAGUUAGAUUUAAAAUGCAAUAGGACUCUCUGAACACUGCACUUCAGAAUUACAGCUCUUUCCCCAGCUGAACUCUUCACCGAAGGAAAAAAAAAAUGUUGACAUUACUGCUGGUUUGGUUAAUAUUCAGUGUGAGGCUGCAUUUUUUUCCCUCUCAGACUUCAUGAUGUUGAAGAAUAUUCUAAGUUUAAAUAGCUUAGAACAUUCUUGCUUAGUAUGCCUGAUGAUCUCUUCUUGAGCAUCUCUGAAAGUCCUUUAGUUAGAAUAGUUGGCAAUACCUGUUGUCAAGCGUGUUCGCCACGUAUUUUGGCUCUCUUUGUGUUCUUUAAGCUCUUGGCAGAAAAGGGUGCAAGCAUUGCUAAGCGAACUGCAUUCUUUAAAGGAUGUUUCCAAGCAUCCCCUCUGUGCCCACAGAUGUAGGUGAUGUGCUAGAAACAAGGAGUGCAAGUUAGCCUUUAGAAUACCAGAGUACGUCAGCAGUUGGUCUCCCACAGUGUACCACUGAGAUGUCCAGACACUGAACACAAUCUCUGAGCCUGAACCUUGACCCUCCCCAGCUGCUGUGUCUCAAGGGUUGUGGAUAUGAAAAAUGGAGGUAAGACCUUUUACCAAGAGCGAAUAACCUAGUACAGCCAGUGUCAUCUUCUCCAGAACAGAAACAGGAAGUCACUAACUGGACUCUCGGAUGCCUACAAAUGCCAUCUUUCCCUCUUGCUCUGCCUCCCUUAACCCUACCUCACUACCUCUUGUACUUCUUCCUGAACUUGUGGAACCUUCAAAGACAGCUCAAAAUGACUUGAAAAAGAAAGUCUACUCAUAUAGGCUCCUGAGAACUACAGGUACUUAUUUGUGGAGCUGCUCCAUGGAUUUUUAAAAAGUAUAUUAUU